CCCGCCUCAGCCGUCACUUCCCUCGGCAGCCGGCGGCGGGCGGAGGCGGGAGCGGCGCGCACGGGGUGAAGAGGGAGCAGGGUGCCCCAGUACCCAUGAAUGAGCUGCGAUGGAUAACAAAGACUCAGAAGCUGAGAUCCACCCUCUGAAGCCUGAGGAUGUGAAAGUUCAGGAGAACCACGAGCACUUGGUGGAGAGGAGGAUCGCCAUCAAGCCGGCGUCGCGCCUGUCGCGCCUGUCCCGCUGGCGCACCGCCGCCUUCUUUGUCUCCUUGUUCCUCUGUCUCAUCAUUGUCUUUGCCUUCUCCUUCAUCAUUCCUUGCCCAGAGAGGCCAGUUUCAGAAAGAACGUGGUUCCAAACCUAUGACAAUGCAGUGGCCUACCAGUUUCUUGCUAUAGAAGACGUGAACGGAGACAAAGUGCAAGACAUCAUCUUUGCUUUCAAAGCUAGCAACAGCAGCAGCAGCUUCAACAGGUCCUGCCUGGAUGAAGGUCUUCCUGCUCCCUGUGCCUUCGUUGCUGCUGUGUCUGGCACGAAUGGCAGGACACUGUGGGAGAGGCCCACUGCUGAGGAGCUGGAGUGGCUGCAGUGUGGGCUGGAGCAGCUCGGGGGGCCCGAGGCCGCGGGCUGCCUGCUCCUGGGGAAGCCCGUGUCUCUGACCGCCCUGGACCUGCACACAGGGGAGGUUCAGUGGAGACAGUCCAGUGACUUUGGAGCUAAUUAUACCGUGCUGACCCCCGUGUCAGUGAUUCCAGAUGUGGAUAGUGAUGGAGUUCAGGACCUGAUCAUCUUUAUUGCUACAGGAGACCAGAUUAAGACCUUCAUCCAUUCAGGGAAAACUGGCAAACAGAUUGGCUCUGCAGGAAGCCUGAAGGUGGAUGGAGAAGCUCGUUAUGUCAGGCUGAAGCUGGACUCCUCCUCCUACUUCCUUUUCUAUACAGAAAGCUCUGUCUAUGCAUAUUCCCUGAAAGAUCUCUACACUGCAGCAACUGGGAUGGAAACAAAGCUUCCCAGCCUGGAGCAAGAUCCUCAGUGGGAGAAGAACAUCGACCCCACCACGCACCUCCUGUCCCUUCCCAGCUCUGGAGACAUUCGUUACCUGGCAACAAUUCCUGGGCAGUCAAGGGAGAACAUCUUGGUGCUGAGCUCAGAGAUGGCCUCACUGAUCAGCUCACACAACCUUCAGGCUUUGUGGACCCUCAACGUGUCCCGUGUUGUCAGAGAGCCACUGCUUGGUUACUACAAACCUGAUGUUCUUGGUAUUGUCCUUGAGAGUGAAAUUGGACCCAACAGGAAGAAGGUUAUGAUUGUUGAGAGCAGGUCUGGAGCAGUCCAGUGGGACCUGAUGCUGAACUCGAGGGCAGAGAGCCCUGGGCCAGCCAGUCUUUCCACUGCUGAUCACCGAUCCACCUUCCUCAUCUGGGGGGAGUACCAGGGGCCAGGAAACGAAACGAGAUCCAGAGCUCCUCUCCAAAAGCUGUAUCUUUUCCAUCCUUCCUACACUAACGUCCUGCUGGAGCUCCGCAACAGCACAGACCAGAUCGUUGCCUUUGAUGCCACGCUGUUUGAGCGGAGCCGCCACGCCUGCUACGUGCUGCUGAGGGGCCCUGGGCACAGCCAGCAGCCUGGGGCCGUGUCACUGAUGAAGAGGAAGCUGAAGGAGGAUGUGUGGGAGAGCAGGGUGCUGUGGCUGAGCCAGAUCCCCACGGACAGCGAGCAGUACGUGCGGGAGCGCCUCUACAGGAUGCGAUUCCACAGCCGGGGGUGAGCUGCAAAGAGGGACAGAGGGAGGGCGAGCGGCUGCCCCGGGCUGGGCCUCCCCAGGCUGCCUCUCCUCCUCUUAACAAACCCAGUCCCAGACCCAAAGCACUGCUGGUGGGGAAGCUGCCCGCUGUCUGGGGAGGCCCAGGGCAUCUGUCCUCAGAGCUGAUGGGACUUGGCCACCACCCAAAGUGUCGUGAGCUCGGGGGAGAGGGGAAAGGGCUUUCCCCUCCAUCCUGCGCCCACACGACUGUGCUGACUCAGCCUGUGUCUGCAGGGAGACACGUGCCUGCUGGGGAUGCCAGAGCUGCUCCUUCCUUGGGUGCUUGUGUGAGGAGUGAAGCUUUGCUGUGUGGUGUUUGGUUUCCUUUCUGAGUCAGCUCUCCUGGCUGGGGGAGCAGCGCUUGGCUGCAGGUUGAUUUGCCGUUGUCCUCUCCUGGCUCUGGGCCUCUGCUUUGGGGCCGUGGGCUGUGUGUAGCCACAGGCCCUGCUGAUGUGGGUGGGUGUCACCCAGGCCAGCACAGCACAGGUUAAAGUAUCAUUCUACUUAGAAAAAUGGCCUUUUCUGCUAAGGGCAGCCCCGUGUGCCCUACUCUGCAGUCACAAGCCUGCCCUUGUCUUGUCUCUGCUGUUUCCCCUCCAGCCAGGCUGUGCAGAGCUGGUGACGCAGAAGGGGAGCUGAUCUCCCACCUUGUUUGUGCAUCAAUUUCCCCCCUGGCCCCAAUCUGAUUGUAGGUGAUGGGAAAACCCCCCCUGAGCCCAGGCUGGCCGGUCCCUGACGGUACAGGCACCACCCCUCCUGCUGAAUCUGAGGUGCCAGAGGAUCUGGGACAUUUUUUCAGAGUAGAAUUGCACUUUAACCUUUCCUGGGAGCUGGAUUUGCCACUCUAGGGAGCCCUGUACCCAAGUGGCAAUGCCAGCUGCCCUGCAAACACUCAUUUGAGCCUUGCAGCUGCUGAGGAGCCUUCUCCAAGCACUGUCCCCUCUGCCAGGAGGUGGGCAGGCUGGAAGACAGGCGUGAGCCACGCAGGGAAACAAAAGCAAAGCUCUCCAGAGAGCUCUGUGCUGCCUCUCUGCCCUUGGAACUGAAGUGAUGGUGGCUGAGGAUCUUGUGCUGCUUUCCCUGUGGAUGGGUUGCUGAGUGAGGGUGAUAUCUGCCCUGGAGGCUCCUCUAGUGUGGUGUGUUUGCUCUGCCCUGUUCCUGGAGACUGUAGAAACAAAGGUGGAAAGCCUGGAAAACUGACUGGGCUGCUCAGUCCUGAAAGCUGCAGGUCCCCACACCAGCAACACUGAGACACCAGCCCCAUUGGUAACCACUGAGCAGCCUCCUGAUGGGGAGAGGACAGAACACACACACACCUCCCCCCAACAGCCACCUCUCCACUUUGCAGAAGCAAUGCCUCCCUCCCUGGCCUCAUCUCAGAUUGUGCUGUGUGUAGAAACACUCUAGGAUGGGAAGGCUGGGUUGUGUAGGAUCAGGCAUCAGGUUCCUCUCCUGUGCACUGGCUGAGGCUCCUCCCAGCCCUGCAGCAGGAUGAGCUGCAGCCUCAGCAGGCUGCCUGGACAUUUCCCUCUGCUCCCAGUGGCUGCCCAAAGGAUGCCCUGGCUCCCUCUGCCCCUUGGGCCACAGCUCAGGCAGCUGAGGGGGCUGUGGGGGAUGAGUGCUGCUGGCAGAGCACUCCACAACCCCAAAGCACUUUGCACUCAGUAUGGUGGGUUCCCCCUCUCUGUUCUUCUCUUCCCCAGCUGCUUUCUGAGGGAGUCUGAGGGUGCAGGGAAGCUGUGUCCCAGCUUAGGUCACCUCUUAGCUCAGCAGGAUGCAGCCCAGCAGCCCCACAAGGCCCUGUGCCAGUGUCACAGCCCCGUGGGGAUGGCAGCAGAGCCUGGGCUUGCCUGCCCCUGGGAGGCUUUCCCACCAGGAUUCCCCUGGCAGGGAGCAGAGUGCCUGGGCUGUAUCCUCCCUGCAAUCACACUCUCAGCCCUCUCCUCCUUCUGGUCCCUACCCAGUCCUGACCUUUCCCACAGAACGUUCUCUCAGGAGAGGUGGAUCUUUGGCUUUGGGAGGGGCUUCGCUGCCUUUAAAUUGUCCCAUUAAUGUUUCCAGGCACUUUGAAAACACAGAUUUCCCCUUGGCAGCUCAGUGAAAUGCAUCAGUGCCAAACCAGCACCUUCUUAACAAAACCAGUCCUUUCUCUUCCCCAGCUUCUUGCCCUGUGUCAUUGUGGGGGUUAUUUCUUUGCAGUUAUUUAAUGAAUGACUUUUGUGCCUUGAUCCAAUAACUCAGAUGGGUGAUGAUGGCAUAGAUCACUGUGUUGUGUGUUAGUGUGGUUUUUAACACUGAGACUCUUGAGUUUGAUUCUUUUAACUUAUUGCAAAUUGUGCCCUCCAGGACUUGGUCUAAUCAGAAUGGUUUCAAUAAAUCCUCUUUUGCAUUGUUUGUAAA